AUGAAUAAAGUUUUUAUAAGUCGACCAGAUGGUAGUGUUUCUUGGGGUUUUCGACUUCAAGGUGGCUUGGAAUAUAAUGAACCAUUGACAAUUACAAAUAUUGUACCAAAUUCUCCCGCUGAUGGCAAGAUCAGCCCUGGUGAUAUGCUAAUAGAAAUUGCAGGAAAUAAUGUAAGGCAAAUGAUACAUAAAGAUGCGCUUGAACUCAUUCAACGUUGUGGUAAUGCGCUUUUUCUUACUAUACAAAAAGCUGGUUACUCAAAUGCAACAGAAACAUGCGGAUUUGCUGACCAAGAACAACAACAACAACAACAACAGCAAUCAUCAUAUACUUAUGAUUCAUCAUCACCAUCAUCGUACAAUAAUACAUCAGCCACGUCUAUAGGAAAUACUUCACAAGCACCGAUAUUUGAUCCUAAUUUCACUACAAAAAAAACAAAUUCAUUCAUGAAUCGACAAUCAAGUACAGAAACUUAUCCAACAUAUGAGCAAUCAGGAGAAAUGUCUCCUAUUCUUGCUAAAUUUCUUAAUCGUCCAGGUGGUCCAAAACCAUUUACGUACACACCAGGUGGUCUCGAUUUAUCUAAACUACUUGACGCAGCUCGUACUAGACGUCAUCCCGAACGUAGAUCAACCAGUGAAAAUAGAAAAGAAUUCGAUCCAGUAAUGAGUCGACGAAUGAUUGUACCAUCAGAGCAAUUAAAUCAACAUCAUUAUACGGCUGCUAAUCCAAUUCAACCAUUUAGUUAUGCUCGUCAACAACCACCACCACCACAAAAGAAACAUAUAGAGCACGACACUGACGUAAUAACACAAUCUCGUUCAUUUCAAAUGCUUCAAGGAUGGAUUUCGGAUAGUGAAAAAACUGUACCUAAUACGGUAUCGUCAUCAUCGCCAUCGACACAAUAUUCAACAUAUAGAUCAGCAGACGCUCAAAAUAGCUUUGAUCUAAAAAAUAAUACUGAUCGUCGUCGUUCAAGUUCAGGCGGUGGUACAACAUCACUUCCAUCGCGAUCAUUUCGUUAUCUUCAAGAACAAUAUAGUGUCGAUCGUGAUGACAAUAAUAAUAAUAAUAAUAAUAAUAGUCCGCAAAUUGUUCAAAGAACGAUUGAAAAAACACCAGCUAAUGGAACUGGUCUACGCCGAGGCAGUGACGCACAUAAUCCAUCUCGAGCCUUUCGAUUUCUACAAGAUCAAUAUGAUGUAACUCAAGAAGUUUCACCAAAUCGAUCUCGACCCGUUAAUAAUCGAAAUGAUCUUAUGGAAAUUUAUCAUAAAGUGCCACCAAGUUUUCGUGAACGCGAACCUGAAGCACCACGUUAUUCAGGUGCAACCGUUCCGUCACGUUCAUUUCGUUUUCUUCAAAUGAUGACACAAGAUAGUCAAGAACAAGAUGAUUUAAAACCGAAUAACAAUUAUACUAAAGCUCAGCAAUCGUUACUCAAUAAAUAUGAUGAACAAAAUUUUUUAACAAACAAAAAUCGAAUAAAUGACCAUCCAUCGCGUUCAUUUAAAUAUUUACAAGAGAUGACUGGUGAACAACGGCCAACAGAAACUAGUACACUAGCGAAUAGGUUAAGUUCAACAGAUCUAGGAGCUACCGAUUUUUAG